GGAAUCGGGCGAGGAAGAUGGCGUCGGCCAUGCUGGUGCUGGUAGUUCCGCCGUGGCCAGCAGCUCGGGGACUUCUCCGGAACUAUUGGGAGCGGCUGCAGCGGAAACUUCAGCAGAGCCGGCUAGGCUUUCCCAGUCCUCCGUGGGGGCCAGCAUUAGUGGUCCAAGGUCCAGCUAUAUUUACGGAACCAGCAAACGAUACCAAUGGAAGUAAGGAGAUUUCCAGCCUUUUGGAUAGUAUCUUUUGGAUGGCAGCUCCUAAAAACAGACGCAGCAUUGAAGUUAACCGGUGUAGGAGAAGAAACCCUCAUAAGCUUAUUAAAGUUAAGAACAAUAUAGACGUUUGUCCUGAGUGUGGUCACCUGAAGCAGAAACACGUCCUUUGUGGCUAUUGCUAUGAGAAGGUGUGCAAGGAGACUGCAGAAAUCAGAAGACAGAUAGGGAAACAAGAAGGGGGCCCUUUUAAGGCUCCUAACGUAGAGACUAUGGUGCUGUACUCAGGAGAGACAGCCUGUGAACAAGAUCAGGGCAAGAGGAUCAUUGAACGAGACAGGAAGCGACCCUCCUGGUUCACGCAGAAUUGACACCAAAGAUGUUCAAAGAGGAUGACUUCACGUAAAACAUUUCUCCUGAAAGAGAGGAAGAUUCUUUGUUUUUAUGUUGGUUUCAUGCUUGUUUUUAAAUCAUCAGUAUAGUUUAAAACAUUCUUUAUAAGCAGUUGGUUUUGUGGUGGUAAUUUGAAGAAUAUAUCGUGAGUAAAUUCUAAAAAUGUUUGUUUAUGCAGAGGCUCAGUGGAUUAAUAUGUCUGUUUCUAUUACACUAUAAGAUUCUAAGUAAACAUAACAGUUUCAGGACAGAAAAAUAAAACAAUUGAAAAUUCA